AUGACGUUUGAUUCUUCCUCUGAAGCGGACAGUAUUCAGUCUGGUAUGGCAAGCCAUGAUGUGUAUGAGAAAAGGCACAGUGUUGAAAAUGUGAAUUUAAAGGCGACAUACGCUGGAAACGAGCACCAUAAAGCGACAUUAUACCAUGGUGGCGACGAUCGUAGUGAAUUGCAGAGAGCUAUCACCGUAAACAGAGAAGGUGUCGACAAAGUCCUGUCUCGUUACGAGUCCAAUACGCACGGUCUCGGCCCAGUUGAGCCUGCAAUUGAUCUGGAAAAACAAGAAACCAUCGCAAAUCCUGAUAGCAGCGUCCAUGCAGAGGACAAGUGGAAAUACCCCAUCGACAAAGACGGCGGGUUCAGAUUGGUCGAGUUUCUCGACGACGACCACGAAGACCCUCGAAACUGGUCCAAGAGAAAUAAGUGGAAUUACACCAUCUUGCUAGGAGUGGUAUGCUUUGACGUGGCAAUGAUGUCGGCCGUUAUCACCGGAGAUCUGGACGGACCAGCAGAGUAUCUCAAUGUUUCCACCGAGGUCAUGUGUUUGUGCGUAUCGCUCAUGGUUUGGGGUUUUGGCGUGGGACCCUUGCUGUUUGCCCCGUUGUCUGAAGAGUUUGGACGGAACCCGGUGUAUCAAGUGACUCUGUUUAUCGCGGUGGUCUUUAUCGUACCCUGUGGUGCGGCCAAGAACAUUGAAACCCUUUUGGCUUUUAGAUUUUUGGAUGGGUUAGCAUUCAGCGCACCAAUGUGCUUAAUUGGUGGUUCUCUUAGCGACAUGUGGAGAAACGAGGACCGCGGGGUAGCUAUGUCCGUUUUCUCUGCUGCGCCAUUCUUGGGUCCCGUUAUGGGACCCAUUGUUGGCUCUUUAUUAUCUGUAAAGUGCUCCUGGAGAUGGGUUUACUGGUUUAUGCUUAUUUUCAGUGCCUGUCUUUACGUGGUAAUGUUCGUGUUCAUGCCAGAAACCCAUCACCAAAAGAUCCUUAGGAAAAGAGCCAAGCACCUCCGUGAGCUCACCGGCGAUUCCACUUACCAGGCAAUAAGUGAGAUCAAAAUUCGGUCCUUUAAAGAAAUCACUUCCGAAACACUGUUACGGCCUAUGAUCCUGCUGUCAGAGUUGAUUGUCUUCCUCAUUACCAUGUACAUGUCGGUAAUUUAUGGUUUAUUGUACAUGUUCUUCUUCGCCUUCCCAAUGGUUUACACCGAGGGGAAGCACUAUGGUCCCAUCAAAACGAGUCUUAUGUUCAUUCCUGUUGGCGUGGGUGUCAUCGCGUCCACAGUCAUCUCGCCAAUUCUCAAUAAAGACUACGUUAAAAGAGCUCAAAAGUAUUUGGAUCGAGGCGAAGUUCCACCUGCUGAACUGAGACUGAUCCAGAUGAUGAUUGGAUGUUGGUUCGUGCCAGCGGGUAUGUUCGCGUAUGCGUGGUCUUCUUUUCCACGACUUUCAUGGGCAGGCCCUUGCUUUAGCGGUCUGGCUUGUGGGUUCGGAUUCUUGAUGCUUUACAACCCGGCAAACAAUUACAUCGUGGACUCUUACCAGCAUUACGCUGCAUCUGGUCUUGCAGCCAAGACUUUCGUGAGAUCCAUGUGGGGAGGUGCGGUUCCACUAUUCACGAUUCAAAUGUACCACAGAUUGGGCCUCGAAUGGGCUAGUACUUUAAUGGCCUUCAUUUCACUGGCGUGCUGUGCUAUCCCUUACCUCUUUUACUUUUUCGGUGCUAGUAUCAGACGGAGGUCAAAAUACGCCUAUUCGCCCGUUUUGAACGCGAACAGAAGUGAUGCGGAGGCUAACCCCAUCGCAGAAUGUUCGAGUGCUGAAAAAUCAGCUGCUUAA